GAGCGCAGGCGGUUCAACCCUUGGGUCUUCGAGUCCCAGCUGACGACUGCGAUAAAGCAAUUUAGGACCCUUGAGGUGGAGUUCCUCCUCCAACUGCUGGCUGCAAAGCCGGCCCCUUAGACUCAACUGUCGUAGUUCUCAACCACUCCUCGUUUACCUGCACUCAUCGCCUGGGCCCUGGGUAGCCGAAAUUAGUUCUCCUAAGUACUACCGGUAUGGAGGACACGGACGACAAUCUUCCCGCCUUCGGGUUGGACCUAAUAUCUAGUCCUGCGGGUAAGGGGCUUUCCUUUCCGCGCCACUCGCCCUCUAGCUCCGCAACCUCCGCUGUAGAUGGUAACGAGGCAGACAACAGCGGGGCAGACAACACAACAGGAAAUAGCGGAGCGGGCGUUUGCGGUACAUCCAAUAGCGGGGCAGCAAUUAGCGGGACAGGAGCUAGCGUCAUCUCGAGCCAUCCGCUGCGAAUCGGCGGCAAUGGACGGUCGGCAUUCCACCUGGUGGCGCCGUCGCGGCAAUUCUCUCCUCUGAGGCACAUCAGCCCGUCGCCGUCAACAGCGGCAGCUGACCUUCCCUCACCCCUCCCAGCGGGUCAUCCUCCAUUUCUCACAGCGGACCUUCCCUCGCCUCUCCCGGCCGAUCGCCCAUCGCCCCGUCACCACGUGCACAAGGCGUGCCCGUCCUCCUCUUCUUCCGCCAAUUCGAGCCUCGAUCACAAAGCGGAUAAAGAGGAGAAUUAUAAGGAGGAUGGCCUAUGCUCCCUCCGCCUCUCGCUCGCUCCGCCCCUGGUCGACGCGUCCCCCACCCCGCCGCCCUCCCAGCGCGUCUCCCCCAUCUCUCCGGGGUACGAGUGUGCCGCCAAGCGCGAGGCAGACUGCGCCCUCCGCCUCUCCCUCUUCCCCGCUCCCCUGCAAGACACGUUAGCAUUCCCCGUCUCGCGGUCGUGCCUCACACUGCCCACCGCGUUGCAGGUCAGAAUGGCGACGUCGCGAAAUGUCGGCGAGAAAAGGCCCGUCGUGCGAGGCUUAUCGUUGAAUUUCGCAGAGGCGAGCACCAUCGGACCGUCCGGAGCCUCUGCCGCUGUGAAUGGAUCACAGCCGUCUGAUGCGCUCCAGCUGUUCAGCAGCGAGCCCGUGAGAUGCGGCAAGCGGGAUCUGAGCGCACUGGACGGCGAGAUUUCUCUGGCGUCGGCGUGCGCAGAGAAGGGAUGCGGCGAGAAGGCGGGCGGCGGGUCCCCGAACAAGAAGCCAAAGCACUGCUGGCGGCCGGAGAAAUGGCGUCCCGCGUUCCCCUGGGCGGAGCUGCACGUGCGCGCAGACGGGAGGCAGGCGAUGCGGUGCGCGCUGUGCCUGCGGUGGUGCGCAGACGAGCCCACGCCGUUCACACGCGACGGCGCCGUGGACCUGCAGCGGAGCACGCUGCGGACACACGGCAAGUCCAGGUGCCACAAGAAGGCGGUGGAGAGGGAAGCCAUGGCGGCCAGGGCAAACGGACAGCCCUCGCUGCUCGCUACUGCCUCUCAUGCUGCACCUCACGCACCUACUGCUGCUGCUGCUGCAGCUACCGCCCCUCCUGCUCUUGCUGCUCCUGCUGCUGGCGCUGCUGCAAUCGCCGCCCCUCGUGCCCUACCAGCUGGUGUUACUGGUACCGUUCCCGGCGCCCUCCUGGCGUGCUCGUGACGCUUCCUUGCACGCCGCCCCUCCCUCCCUCCGCCUGAGCCCACCCGCUCUCCAUCCUCCUCUCCAUGCGUCGAUGCGCCGCAGUUCACUCAUUCCGCAGGGGCAAUUUUGAAUGAUUCAGUAAUCAUCUCACAUACAGCAUCAUGGGGUCUAAUGCAACCACCCACCACCGUCCCCAACCUCCUUUCAUCUCCUCGCCUCACCCCGCAACUGCUCAACUCACUCACCGGCUCACUCACUCAGUCAACUGCUCCACUCACUCCAACACAGCUUUCUCGAGGUCGCUGAUAUGCGGUUCACUCCAACAAAUAUGCCAGCUCAGGACAGAGAGAGAAAGGUACAAAGACAGCCCUUCCUUUUCCCACCGCUAGAGUGUUAUGCUACGCCGUGCCAAGCCAUGCAGCAGCACACAUCCUGCUGCUGCUGGCUGUGCCCGGCUGCGCUAAUCUUCUGAUGCAUCUACUCGCUAUAGGCUGCAACCGCUAGGGGCUCUGAUAGCUCUUCCCUGAGGGCAUAACUGUAGUAGAAUGCGCUAAAAUUGUAGAUGCGAGUGUAGCUGUAGAUGAUCAGGUAGUGUACCCGUAGGUUCUGAUAUUCGCUAAUUAGGGCUGCCAAGUUUGUAGGUAGAAGCUGGGUUUGUUGGCUUUAUAGAGCUUGCAGUGCUCGUGUAUUGUAGUGUUGGUUGGAGUGUAUUUGUAUGCCAUUGUAACCUGAGUUGAGCUGG